AUGUCUCUCAUCGAAACGAGGCUUGAUUCUCGCGAAGAGCAGACCCAGGUGUUGAGCCAGCAAUCAUUCAACCCGGAUAUAGAUGCAGUAGUUUGGGCAAAUUUUGUAUUGGUAGGAGUUAGUGAUGAAGUCUACAGCGCACUGAUCCUAUAUAAUGCUGACAUCACGGAGCUCCAAGAAGACUACAAGCUUUCUAUUACAGUUGUUUCCUUGAUUUUCAUAACCCCGUUUGCCGGCUACGCCAUAGCUACAAUCAUCGUGAACAAGACGCUGAUGACAUUUGGCCAGCGAGGCAUCGCGAUAAUCGGCCCCCUGUGUCAUAUUCUCCCGUUUAUUGUGAUGGCUAUCCACCCGCCCUUUCCGGUUAUGCUCGUCGCCUAUAUUAUUGUGGGUCUCGGAAACGGCCUCGUCGACGCAGCGUGGAAUUCUUGGACCGCGGAUAUGAUCAAUGCGAAUGCCUUGAUGGGAUUUCUUGGCGCAUUUUAUGGACUGGGGGCCACGCUGAGCCUAACGAUCCACGCCGACGCAACAUGUUUUCGUCGAGAAAACCGUAAGAGUGCCGAUGCCAGUGGCGGCGGUCGAACCAUGGAGGCUAUGAAAAGCCCAAUUACUUGGAUCAUGGCCGUCUGGUUAUUCGUGUAUAUGGGUGUCGAAGUGUCUGUUGGCGGCUGGAUUGUAGAUCUCAUGGUCCAAGUCCGAGGCGGAGGCUACUACGAGUCUGGAUUCAUUCCUACCGGCUUCUGGGCUGGCGUGACCCUCGGACGACUAGUUCUUGGAUUUGUAAAUGACUGGCUGGGAGAACGGACCUCGAUCACUAUUUACCUUGUUCUCUCGAUUGCCCUCGAGCUUAUUCUCUGGUCGGUGCCAAACUUUACCGUCUCUGCUAUUGCAGUGACUUUUCUUGGCUUCUUCACAGGACCUCUCUUUCCCGCGGCUCUGGUAAUAGCUGCUAAACUGCUUCCUAAGCACCUACACGCCCCGGGGAUCGGACUCGUGUCAUCAUUGGCUGGUGGAGGAGGCGCAAUAUUACCAUUCGUCGCCGGCACUAUAUCUGGUGCGCGCGGCAUGCAGAGCUUGCAGGGUUUUGUACUCGCAUUGCUGGCGACUUUGAUCAUUAUUUGGAUGCUUCUUCCCCGCGAGAAGCACUCUAGUUAUAGUGAUUGAUACUGGCAAUGACAACUAAAGCUACAUGUUCAGUAGC